AUGACUACCACUGCUUCAACACCCAUAAAACUACCAUCCAUCAAAGAACUCACCCAGAGACCACCAUUCGCCAUCUCUGCUACUAGCUUAAUAGCACACCAACAUCACAAUGACAGAGUAUUGCCAAGUCUAGUGCAAGCAACAGCAGACUCAUCAACAAGUCCAUUGGGUAAAUUGCAACCGCACCAGAGCACGCUAACUCCUUUAUCAAACUACACAUUUGCAGCCACCAAUAAUAACACCAACAACAGAAACAACACCAUUACUGCUAAAGGUGUUGCACCAGCAAAUGCUGCUAAUGCACCAAUAGCUGUCUCGUCCAAAGUACACUCUCCUGCAUUAUCUGAACACCAGAACCCACACUUUACUACAAAUACACCCAGAGUUCACAAUGGACCAACAAUCCCUUCAAUAUCUACACUAGCACAGUCUCACCAGCAACCGCACCAUUCGUACAGCCCGAGACCACAACCACAACCACAACCACAACCAAACUCACAACCACAAUCGAGAAACACUUCUGUAUCUGUAAGUCCCGUGUUUCACCCAAUCCAUCAUUCACCCCAUGCAUUAGCACCACCAUUACCACAAGAGCACGAACACCAACAGCACCAACAACAGCACCCACAACAACAACACCAACAACCAUUGUAUCCUCAAUACAACUACACUCCACAGUACCACUUACACCAAGCCUCUGCCACUCCAGUCUUUCAUCUUCCUGCAGAAAUUGUCAAUAAAUCCAUCAAUGUUUGCCAUCGUUGUGGGACCACAGAGACGCCAGAAUGGAGACGUGGUCCAAAAGGGGUACGUACCUUGUGUAAUGCUUGUGGUUUGUUUCACGCAAAGUUGGUUAAGAGGAAAGGUGCUGCCGUAGCUGCUGAAGAAGUAUUGAAUAACAGAGUAACAAAGGGUAAGAAUGGCAGAAGAAUCAGCAUAAAGAAACACUUGAUGAAUGAAAGCAUCAAGUCAAAGUUGUUCAAUAGCGGAUUGAACAAUGUCAAUGGAGUAUUGCCACAGCACCACCACCAACAACAACAACAACAAUUUGCGCCAGUACCAGCACCAAUUAUACUGGUACCUCAAUAUUAUACUGCGCCUCACGGUAUGCUUCCACCACAGAUGAAUACAAGGCCAAUGCCACCAAUACAACAACAACAGCAAUCACAACAAUCACAACAAUCACAACAAUCACAGCAGCAGUUUCAACACCACCAGUUUAACCACCACCACCAACAGCAGCAACAACAAGAACAACAACAACAACCACAGUAUAUGGUUAAUUCAAGAAACCACAUCUCAUUACCACCGCCAAUCAUACCCCCGAUCAAUACAACCUAUGCGUCUACUACGACUACUACUUCUGCUUCUUUACCUUUACUCCGUCCAUAG